GGCAAACAAAUUUCCCGAUUUGCGGUUAAAUCCAAGUGCUCAUCGCUCUUGAAUAGAUAACACUCUUGUUCCCGUCUGCCUGUGUGAAAAACUGAAAUACUGAAAAUCUGUGAAAAAUGGUGAUUGCGAAAGAAAUAUUAACAGACUACAAGGAAGUCUACGAAAAGGCGAUAAAAUACGUGAACGAGGAUAGUAAAAAUGAUCCACUUACGGAUCCCUUUCGCUCGCAUUAUGCGGCUCGUGAGUUGUUGCUGCAAAUGAAAGAAAAUCUUAAAAAUGCACUAGCCUCAGUGAAGGCUGAAGAGGCAGACGAUGGUCGAGAUGAUUUCACUUAUGUAGUGUUGCAUGCAUUUGUGUGUCGUGACCUUGGGCGUAUUGCCGUCUUCACUGAAGAAAUUUCAACGGGUGAACGCUUGUUGCAGGAAUGUCUUGAUUUGGUUGAAGUUCAUAAAAUGAAACCAGAAGCUAUUAUUCCUUACAUGGGUGCUCUCAAUGAACUAGGCAUAGUGCAAGCAAAUCGCUCGGAAUACAAAAAGUCUUUUGACACACUUAUCAAAUCGGAGCAGACAUAUAAAGAGUUCUUGAGUACGGGUAGCAAAGCCAUGUGCAUUACUGAUAUUUUCGGUACGCUCGACGAAGUCGAAGAGGGCAAGGGUCCAAAUGAACUAGAAGGUCUCUACACUUUGUGUACCUUUUAUUUGGCACAGGUGUAUGGGCAUUUGGGGGAGCUGGAGAAGUCAGCAAAAUAUUGCCACAUGACACUGCGACGCCAAUUGGACGCCAAAUCUUUUGAAUCCAUUGAUUUUGCACUAAAUGCAGCGACAUUAUCCCAAUAUUUUAUUGGUGAAAAUAUGUUCAAGGAGGCGCGUCACCACUUGUCUGCUGCUACAUACAUUAUUACAGAACACGAAGCCAGUAUGUUGACGGAAGAGAUGACAGAGCAACAACGCGCUGAUGUAACGGAUACAUUUAAACAUCGAUAUGCGGAUGUGGCACGUUGUUGGGCUAAAUAUGGGCUGACUUUGCUGAGUGCAUCCAAAGAACGAUUGUACAAUGAUGAUGACGAAAAAGUGACCAAAGACGUAAAGCGCAUGGUUUUAGAUCCAAAUGCGUUUCGCUUUCCGGGUCUGAAAAUAGAUAUUUACGAAAACCGUGUCACUGCUGAUUACUGUCUGACUUUCGACGACGCGAAACCUGUGUAUCAUUUCGUGAUUGACUGGUUAGACCAAGCACAAGAAUACUAUAAGCCAGAUACUGAUGCUACAGAGUAUGCAAAAAUAAUAAAAGAUUAUGCAGACCUGUAUCAGUACAUUGCUUUCUUUGAGGAGGAUCCAGUUAAUCAAGCGAAAAUGCAAAAACGGCGUGCAAAAUACUACGAAGAUUUGCUCGAGUUGCUCAACCCUGUCUUCUAUAUGAGUAUUUGUCGCGAGUGCUGGUAUGGCGCUGGUCUCUCCUACUGCGCCAUUUUGGAUAUUAAACUAGACGCACUGAAAGAGCGCCGUACUCCACAACCACAAGAUUUGCAAAAAAUUAAUCAAAGUUGCCAAAAAGCUAUACAAAAUUUCCAAGAAUAUGUGAAAUCCUACAUGGAUAAAGAUGGCGUAACGAUUAAGCCAAGUGCCGACGUCGAAGAACAACGCAACGUGCUCUAUGCCUACUUUCAUUUGGGGCGCUUACAUUUCAAAAUUAUGACACCCGAUUUGACAGUGCAACUUGAAAACCUAAAUAAUAGCCUCAAAUAUUAUAAACUUUUCUCAGAGGAAUGUGCGGCACGAAAGGAAGUAGCCGAAUCGCUCAACGCCGAAGUCGGUGUUUGUCGUGAAAUGGUUAGUUUGCUGCCGCUGAAAAUAACCAGUAUAAAGAAACGUUUGCCAAAGUAGAAGGAAAUGCUGUAUUACUCCAUAAAUUACUGUUAUUUAUUUAUUGCAUUUAAAUCGUAGUCGAAAUUUGAAAUAUUUAAACUUUUUAUUGUGAUUUUUUGUUUUGAUAUGUUUUGUGUCGUUCGCCUCAGUCUGAGAAAGAAAGUUUGCAAUGGUCGAAUCAAAUGCAAUAAAUUAUUUCAACGCUUAGGGAUGAAUAGAUACACUUAAGUGUAGAUUUUUGUUAAAAUCAGAUGGAUGUAGAAUCACGUUAAUUAGAAUAGGUGGAUGUUUCCUUAAACCAGUUAACCAAUCAUUCGUCCAUCUAGAGGCUGUGCAAAAACCUUCUUUAUAUUUCCGAACUUUCUAGUCAUUAUCUGUUCACACUAAUGAAAGUAACAUUAAGGUUGCUUAAACAUUUUACUAACUAUUUCAAUGAAUGCCUUAGCUAUAAAAUUAUAAAUAAAAACAGCAUUUAAAAGGUCUUAAGCUCGAAAUA